AUGUCGGCGACGAGGGCCUACAUCCGCAUCUUCACCUACCUCGGGCCCAAGGAGAUCGUUCUUGAGGCCAUUGCCGUCGCCGCCGCAGCGAUUUCAGGUUCCGGACUUGCCCUUGUGAACCUUGUUCUUGGACGAUUGAUUACGGUCAUCACGAACUAUAUCUCCGGCCUCUCAACCAAGGAACAAUUCAUGGAAGAUGUUACGAAGCAUUGUUUAUACUUCAUUUACAUUGGUGCAGGACGUCUGGUAUGCACUUACAUCUACAUGACGCUUUCGACCUACUCGGCCUUCCACAUGGUGCGCAAUUUGCGCCGUCAAUUUUUGCGGGCGGCGCUCAGCCAGAAUAUCUCAUACUUCGACAUGAAUUCGAACUCCAUCUCAACACAGGCAUCGACCAACGGAAACCUCAUACAAUCGGGCGUUGCCGAAAAGUUGAUGAUAUGCUUCCAAGCCAUGAGCACAUUCGUGUCAGCAUUCAUCAUCGCUUUCACAUCAUACUGGAAACUGACGCUGAUUUUGCUCUGCGUACCCCCGGCACUCAUGAUCGUGAUCGGCAUUGUGGCCACGCUGGAGGCCAAAAUUGAAACCGACAUGCUCAGAAUCUUUUCUGAGGCUUCUUCGUUUGCGGAGAGCCUGAUAUCGACUCUUCGUACGUUGCAGGCCUUCGGAAGUCGGGAGACGCUUAUGUCCCACUACGAGACGUUUCUCAACAAGGCACAAAAGAUGGGCGCGAAGAAGAGUCCGUUAUAUGGAGUCCUGUUCAGCAUGGAAUACUCCAUCAUGUACUCGGCAAUUGGGCUUGCCUUUUGGCAGGGAACCAAGAUGAUUUCGCGGAAUGAGGUGGCAGACGUCGGGACAGUCUUCAUAGACACCCAAAUGGAUCCCUUCGAUCAGUGGUCCGGGGAAAGGCCGGCCGAUGUAUUUGUGAGCGGAGAGAUCGAGAUGCAAAACAUUACCUUCAGUUAUCCUACCCGCCCAGAGGUGGCAGUUCUGGACAAUUACACUCUCAAGAUCCCCGCCGGAAGAGUCACUGCUCUUGUGGAACAUGCCGCCAGGCUAGCCUUCGCCCACGAUUUCAUCACGGAGAAGCUUCCAGAAGGCUACAGUACUAUUAUUGGUGAGCGAGGGGGUCUUCUUUCCGGCGGCCAGAAGCAAAGAAUUGCUAUAGCCAGAAGCAUCAUAUCUGAGCCCAAGAUUCUCCUCCUCGACGAGGCUACCAGCGCACUGGAUCCUCACGCUGAGGGGAUUGUCCAAAAGGCCUUAGAAAGUGUUUCAAAGGGUCGCACAACUAUUGUCAUUGCUCACAAACUGGCAACAAUUAGGAAAGCGGAUAAUAUUGUCGUCAUGAAUAGUGGUCGCAUUGUCGAGCAAGGAACUCACCAAUGGCUUCUGAAGAAGCGGGGAGCUUAUGCGCGGUUGGUCCAAGUCCAGGAUCUCACGGUCCAUGCGAAGGAAUCGUCGAGACAGUCGCAAAUCGAGUCCACUGGGGCUAUCAUCGACAAAGAGACUGCUCUUGAGCCUGGUCUGUUGUCCGAGGCUGGUAUCGUUGAGCAGCGGCAGCCAUUGGCGUCGGCAAGUCAAUAUGACUUUGACCAAGUCCGCGAAAGAGGUUUGGUCAGUGGUGUUGUGUCUCUGAUGAGAGAAAACCCCGAAUUGAAAUGGUACUUUGCGGUCAUUGGGGUGACGUGUAUUCUUGGCGCUGGUGCGUUACCUGGCCAGUCGAUAUUGAUGGCUCGAGUUAUGGAUGUCUUCAGACUCGAGCCUCAUAGGUUAGGCGAGCGUGGCGCUUUCUACUCCCUCAUGUUCUUCGUCUUGGGUCUAGGGACCUUCGUCAACUACUUCACUCUCGGAUACACCACCAACGCAGCCUCUCAAAAGAUGCUCGUGAAUUAUCGGAAAGACCUCCUCAACGGUCUCCUCAAACAAGACAUGGUGUUUUUUGACCGUCCAGAAAAUACAAUUGGGUCUCUCACAGGAAGUAUUGAUACCGUCGCCCAAGCCAUGUUGGAGCUCAUGAGCGUCAACGUCGUGUUGAUCGUGAUUACGAUCAUAACGAUAAUUGCUUGUGCAACUUUGUCCAUAGUCACCUCGUGGAAGCUCGGUCUUGUCGGAGUCUUUGCAGGUCUUAUUCCUCUUUCGCUGGGGGGAUACGCUCGCAUUCGUUUGGAGAUGAGGAUGGACCAAAGUAAUCAGAAGCGCUUCUCGGAGAGCGCCGCAAUCGCAUCCGAAUCGAUUCUGGCAAUUCGAACGGUUUCCAGUCUCGCCAUCGAGGGCCGCGUUCUUGAUCGCUACACAGAGGGGCUGGAUCAAGCUAUUCGCCAAUCCAUUUUGCCUCUGUUCCACAUGAUGCUGUGGUUCAGCUUCACACAAUCUGUGGAGUACUUCAUCCUUGCCCUCGGUUUCUGGUGGGGUUGCACGCUUGUCAAAGACUCGCAAAUCUCAUUCUAUCAGUUUUUUGUCAGUUUCAUGGGCGUAUUUUUCGCUGGCAAUCUUGCCAGCACCUUGUUCUCUUAUACCAGCAGCAUCACCAAAGGGAAGGGGGCCACCCAUUUCUACCUAUGGGUGAAGUCAUUGCAACCAACAGUUCAAGAGACCCAGGAGAACCGGGCAAUUGUGCCACAGCGGGCGGUUGAGACUAUCGACAUGGACAGUGUCAAGUUCAGCUAUCCCCUACGUCCGGACGUCCAAGUCUUGAAGGAUGUCAAUCUCAACACUCGGUCAGGAGAGUUCGUGGCUUUGGUCGGAGCUUCUGGCUGCGGCAAGAGCACCAUCAUUUCGCUCCUGGAACGUUUUUAUGACCCGACAUCCGGCAACAUCAGGGUCGAUGGAGCUCAACUUAAUGAUAUGAGCCCCGAAGCUUACCGAUCUCAUGUCUCUCUGGUGCAGCAGGAACCGACGUUGUACUCGACUAGCAUCCGAGCAAAUGUGCUUAUGGGCUUAAAGUCGGAUCCAUCGACCACGACAGAGUCUGAAGACGACGCUGUCGAGAAGGCACUUCGCGCAGCCAACGCUUGGGACUUUGUCAGCUCCCUCCCCGAAGGUGUCAACACCCUAUGCGGCACAAACGGAUCGCAGCUGUCUGGAGGCCAAAGACAACGCAUCGCCAUUGCUCGCGCACUCAUUCGGAAACCUCGACUUCUGCUCCUGGAUGAGGCUACCUCAGCGCUUGACACCGAGUCUGAAAAGAUUGUGCAGAAUGCACUUGCCGACUCAGACUGGUGGGCGCAUCUUGGAGCAAGGCACGCACAGUGA